AUGUCUUCGUCGGCUGGCAACCCCUUCAGGCCGUCCAACUCGGUACCGGGAUCGGCCCUUGCCUCCGGCUCCCAGACGCCCUCCUCGUCCAAGAAGAAGAAGCAUCGCGGCGGACGCAAGCACCGGCGCCCGCGCCGCAAGUCCUUCGCUGCCCUGCAGGAGGACGAGGGCGACUCCAGCGUCCAGGGCGACAACCCCGAGGCGUCGCACAGCGGCUUCUACAUGCAGGGCCGCAAUUUGAGCAAUACCAGUGUCGACAGCCAGGCCCUCCUGGACCAUCGCGCACACCAGUACGGGCCGCGCCCCCGCCGCCCUUCGGUGCUGAACACGCCGUACACACUCCCCAGCCAGGGGGAGAGGGGCUCGCAGUCGCGGAUACGCACCAUGUCGGGGAGAGACCUUGAUCGCGAAGAUGAGCAUGACAGGUCCGACUUCGACGAAGGCGCACCGCUGCUGAGUGGCUCCCGAAUCAGCGAGUCCUCAAACCAGCGAAAGGGGUACGGCUCGAACGAAGGACGGCCACGGUUCGAAAGGCGCGGGUCUAGCAGGUCCAGCAAGUGGAGAUCAGGCCUGCUGCCAACUACGCCGUCCGGCGACAGGUACAAUGUCAACUACCCGCCGUCAAUGCCGCCCUCGCCGCGCAUGGGUGCUUCGGACGUGAAUUUCGGGGACGAGAUGAUGCGGGAGGAGCUGAGCCAGGCCCUAUCGCAGCCAGCCAGCCUGAUGGAAGACCACGACGACCCUCUGCAGGGAUCAUCCCCCCUACAAAGGCGGCAUACAAUCGCCAUACAGGCUGAGGAUGAUGUCUGCUACCCGCAGGAGGGUAUGUCCGAAAUUGCAGAGGAGGACACGCAACGGUCGCAGGAUCAACGCAGCCGCCGGCCCAGACGCAGACGGGCUAGGUGGCCAGACCUAGCCAUGCUGGAGGAUUGGAGCAGGUACGAGAAGGAGAAGAACAACACGGAGGAUAGACGGAUGAAGAAGAUCACGGAGCCCCAACUCAUCAACGGGCGACUUCGCCAGGUCACAAGGAGCUGGUAUAAGUCUGAGGAAGACGCACCCUAUCGCUUCACAUACUUCAAUGAGGAGCUCCAGAGCACGAUCCACAGUCUGACCAUCUCGGAGCUUGUACCGCCUGAUGGGAGCUUCCGGGAGCUCUUCAUCCCAGAUCCGCCUAUCCUGUCCGAUUCCUCCGAAGAGUCUGACGAUGAGGACUUGUUGGGGCCGCAAGUUCCUGGUUCGAUUAGGAAUGGGCGCACGGGUUAUGGCUCUAGAGAUCCCACCCGGCAGCCGUCUUUGGCCACAACGAACAGAAGCUCCGAUCAACCUGAUCGUGGCGCUGGUGGCACGCUGUCCCCAAAGCAAACAGUACCUGCCUCCGCAACCACAUCGAGAAAUCAGUCAGGCGACGCAACGCCCAUUGGCCAUGAUAUCAAGUCUCCUCCUCCGGCCUUUGCCGACCUGAAGUCCCCAAGCCCUCAGUUCCAAAAGCCAGUUCGGUACGGUGAGCGUCCCGUCUGGUGGUUGGAUGUUCUCUCUCCCACGCCGGAUGAGAUGAAAAUCAUUCAGAAGACCUUUGGCAUACAUCCACUCACGUCGGAAGAUAUCAUGCUACAAGAACAGCGGGAAAAGGUCGAGCUUUUCCGCCAUUACUACUUCGUGUCUUACCGAUCCUUCGACCAGGAUGAAGAGAGCGAAACACAUCUUGACCCGGUCAACAUGUACAUCGUGGUCUUCAGAGAGGGCAUCCUCUCCUUCCACUUUGGCCAAACGCCGCAUCCCGCCAACGUGCGCCGUAGGAUUAGGCAGCUCAAGGACUAUAUCAUGCUCAGCUCUGACUGGAUCGGCUAUGCCAUUAUCGACGACAUCACCGACGUGUUCGGCCCAUUGGUCCAGAAUAUCCAGGACGACGUGGACAACAUUGAGGAUGCGAUCCUCGGCAUGAACUCACGCUCCGGCUCCGUCGCGAGGCGCCAGAAGGACAGCAACAACGAGAAGGAGGACAGCGCAACGGUCCACACCUCGGCCGCGGAGUUGGACGGCGAUAUGCUGCAUCGGAUUGGCCAGUGCCGCAAGAAGGCCACGGAGCUACUGAGACUCCUGGGUAACAAGGCGGACGUCAUCAAGGGCUUCGCGAAACGGUGCAAUGAGCACUACGAGGUUGCACCCAGGAGCGAAAUCGGCUUGUAUUUGGGCGAUAUCCAGGAUCAUAUCAUCACCAUGACAGGGAACCUGAUGCAUGCUGACAAAACCCUUGGCGUCUCGUCCAACACGUACCUCGCCCAGAUCAACAUCGCCAUGAAUGAGCGCGGCGAGCAGACCAACGACACGCUCAACAAGCUCACGGUGCUCGGCACCAUCGUCCUGCCCAUGAACAUCAUCACCGGCUUGUGGGGCAUGAACGUCUGGGUCCCCGGCCAGGACUUCGAGGGCGACCUGACCUGGUUCUGGUGCAUCACCGCCGGCCUCGUCGCCUUCGGCGCCGCCUGCUACCUGACAGCCACGCGCGUCUACAAGAUUGCCUGA